CAUUUUGAGUGCGCACUUAUUACUUAUUGAAGAAUUAUACACCAUUCAACGAAUAUUGUUGUUGGGAUAGGUACCGGUAGCAGUGUUUUUGAGAUAGGAAGCAGCGAAAGAUGUAUGCACUUUAUGUACCAUUGAUUUUAUGUUUAUUGUUGGCGUAUCUCGCGUGGAAGUAUCUAAAUGGAUGCUUUAAAUAUUGGCAGAAGUUAAAUGUACAGUACGUCAAACCUGUGCCAUUUUUUGGAAAUUCGUUUCAAAUAUUUACAUCUCAAGUGACCAUUGGGGAGCUAUUGGGUAACCUGUAUAAGCAAUUUGACGCCGCAUUCUUUGGAAUGUAUAUGCUUCACAAACCAGUGCUAGUAAUAAGGGACCCCGAGUUAAUAAAAAAGGUACUUGUAAAAGAUUUUCACCACUUUCAUGACCGUAGCGUACUCUACGAUGAACAGUGCGACGCGAUAGCUUCGAAUAUGCUCUUCUUUUCCAAAAGUCCUGAAUGGAAAUUAAUUCGAUAUAAAGUAACUCCCUUAUUUACAACGGGAAAACUGAAGAACAUGAUGGAUUUGUGUAAAGAAGUCGCAAACGAUAUGGUAUCGUAUCUGCGCAGCUACGACACUACGAACUGUAUUGAUGCCAAAGAACUUGGCGGAAGAUACGCAACGGAUGCUAUAAACAGCUGCACUUUUGGCAUAAAAACGAAUAGCUUUAAAUCGGACAAAGUAUCGUUUUAUCCGAUGUGCAAAGAGAUACUUGAAUUCGAUUGGAAAACUGGUUUUAGUCAAGUUGCAUAUUUCAUAGCGCACGGAUUAGUUAAGACCUUUAAGUUGCGAUUUUUUGAUUACCAGACCUCAAAUUUACUAAGGAAGGUUUUUUGGGAUACGCUGAAUGAAAGAGAGCGCACAAAAAUUGUCAGACACGACCUGAUAGAUGCGAUGAUAGGUUUCAAAAAUAGUCCCAACCUAACCGAAAGUUUCCAGUUUGAGGGCGAUCGAAUAUUGUCAAUUGCCGUACAAGUUUUUACCGCCGGAUUUGAGACGAUUGGUUCGACGGUAUCGUUUGCUUUAUACGAACUAAGUAUUCAGCGUGACAUUCAAGAGAAGCUCAGAUCGGAAAUUAACAGCACUUUUCUACAAUACGGCAGUUUCGAUUAUCUAGUAAUAAAACACAUGCGAUACUUACACAUGGUAGUUCAGGAAACUCUGCGAAAGUAUCCAAUACUGCCUUUUCUAGAACGAAAAUGCGCCAAAACUUAUUCAAUUCCAGAAAAGAAUCUUAUAAUUGAUGCAGGAACUCCCAUAUACAUUCCUCUUUUAGGUUUACACUAUGAUCCCAAAUACUUCAAAAACCCAGACAACUUCGACCCAGAAAGAUUUGCCGAUAAAAAAGUGGACAAAACCUUCUAUUUACCUUUUGGUGAUGGCCCUCGUGGAUGCAUAGGCGCGAGGUUUUCGUUGAUGGCAGUUAAAGUUGCACUACUGUACAUUUUGAGAGAAUUUGAAGUUAAACCGUCGCCGUCAAGGACUCCUACCAAGAUACGCUUUUCGCCGUAUAGUGUCUUUCUUUCUCCUUCCACAGGAAUAUAUCUGAAGUUCAAGGCGAAUAGGGUAGUUGAUUAGUUCCAGGUUUUAAUUGUCUUAAUAACGUAUAUGUCUAAGGACAAACGUGUUUGUCAAAGAAAUAUGGGCGAUAAACAGCCUUAUAUGCUAAUCAAUGGAUUGAUAAAACUAGAUU